AUGACGCGAGAAGUUGUCUCUCCGAUUCCUGCGAGCGCCGAGUACUAUGACCUGGGUUCGUUUGGCCACACCAUCACCACCGCCAGUGCCGAUGCGCAAGAAUGGUUCAAUCGAGGCUUGAUCUGGGUGUACUCCUUCAAUCAUGUGGAAGGCGCCUAUUGCUUUGAGCAGGCCAUUGCCCAUGACCCGACCUGCGCCAUGGCGUACUGGGGUCUUGCUUAUGCUGUUGGCCCCAAUUACAACAAGCCGUGGGAGAAGUUUGACUUAGGAGAUCUCCAUACAUCUGUCAAGCGGGGAUACGAAGCAUCGCUUAAGGCGAAAGAAUGUGCGACAAAGGCGACUUCGCUUGAACAGGCUUUGGUUGAGGCUAUCCAGUACCGCUUCCUUACCGACAAGCCUGCGGAGGAUUAUCCAGCGCUUAACAAGGGUUAUGCCGAUGCUAUGAAGGUCGCAUAUGAUCAAUUUGGCGAUGACUUGGACGUCGCUACGCUUUACGCGGACGCCUUGAUGAACAGAACUCCUUGGGCGCUGUGGGACCUUUUCACUGGCAAGCCGAACCCGAAAGCUCCGACUCUGGAAGCCCAAGCUGUACUAGAACGCGCAUUAGCAGAGGGAGGAGAUGCCGCAGAUAAAAACCCUGGACUACUACACCUAUAUAUUCACUUUAUCGAAAUGUCGCCUGAACCCGAGCGCGGUAUCAACGUGGCAGAUAAGCUACGCGACCUUGUCCCGGACGCCGGCCAUAUCCACCACAUGCCCACUCACUUGGAUAUCUUGGUGGGCGACUGGCGUCGCUCCUUGAGUUCAAACUACAGUUCGACUCUGGCAGACGACAAAUACUUCCAACGAUCGGGUGCCAAGAACUUCUACACCUUUUAUCGCAUGCACGACUAUCACUCUUUGGUAUAUGCGGCCAUGUUUGCAGGCAGAUCGAAAGCUGCCCUCGAUGCGGUUACUCGCAUGGAAGCUACAGUGCCGGAAGAUGUGCUUCGAAUCCAAUCCCCUCCUAUGGCAGACUGGUUGGAGCAGUUCGUGGGUAUCCGACUCCACGUGAUGGUUCGAUUCGGUAUGUGGGAAGAGCUCAAGAACAAGGAGCUGCCCCAUGAUAGGGAACUGUUUGCAGGUACAACAGCCACCACUCAUUAUGCCCGCGGUAUCGCAUACGGAGCCACCGGUGACAUCACCAACGCGCGGAAGGAGCAAGAGCUUUUCCAUCAAGCUUGGGCUCGUGUUCCGGAGACCCGUCGCGCCUAUAACGGCAAGUACGUUGACGUCCUCAAGGUCGCUGCCGCCAUGUUGGAGGGUGAAAUUGAAUACCGUUGCCAAAACUAUGAUAAGGCUUUCGAGUCUCUCCGUCUGGCGAUUGAUCUGGAAGAUAAGCUGCCCUACAGUGAGCCCUGGUCAUGGAUGCAGCCUGUUCGCCACGCAUACGCCGCGCUUUUAAUGGAACAAGGACAUCUGGAGGAAGCAACAGCAGUGUAUCGCGCCGACCUUGGUCUUGACAAGUCGGUCAUUCGACCGCGUCGUCACCCUAACAAUGUUUGGUCCCUCCAAGGCUACCAUGAAUGUCUUGUUCGACUCGGAAAGACAGAAGAUGCUCUCAUGCUCGAGCAGUCGACCAAGCUAGCUGUUGCUGCUGCCGAUGUUCCGAUUAAGGCAUCAUGCUUCUGCCGUCUGGACACGAGCCAGGCGCCUAGCAUCUCCGAGUUUGCCUCUCCCAAAAACUGCUGCUCUUAA